AUGGAUAAACAUCCACACCCUUAUAAGAUCAGCAGGAUCCAAAAGGGGGCUGAGACUAGGAUCAGUAAUGUCUACCAUGUUCCUUUCUCCAUCGGAAAGUAUUACAAGGAUGAGGCUAUAUGCGAAGUGGUUGAUAUGGACGCGUGCCAUAUUCUACUUGGGAGGCCUUGGCAAUUUGACGUAGAUGCCACUUACAAGGGGCGUGAAAACAUUUAUUCAUUUUGGUGGCAAGACCGAAAGAUCAUCUUGAUGCCCCUAGGAGACAAAGAAACCAACUUCUCACAGGUUAAAGAGAAAAACACUCUAUUUACAAUCAAUGAACACCAAUUCCUGGCAGAAGCAAAGGAAACAGGGGAGAUAUGGACUUUGGUUGUGAAAGGGGAAGAAGAGAAUCACUUCCACGAUGUGCCUCCACAAGUGCAGUAUCUUUUGACUGACUUUGAAGGUCUCACACCACUAGAGCUACCUGAGGGGCUACCACCAAUGCGUAAUGUCCAACAUCACAUUGACUUGAUACCCAGGGCAGGUUUGCCAAACUUGCCACAUUAUAGGAUGAGCCUAAACAAGCACCAUAUUCUGCAAGGCUAG